UGAGUUGACUCUUUACCGUUUGUUGCUCUUGCUCUGGAUGUUUGAACUUCAGUUAUGGAACAUGAUAACGAAAUGCUCUCCUUCAUUAGCCCUGUUCUUCGAUCUCUCCCGCGUUUAUUUCAAAACCCAGAACUGCAAUCGCCCACUGAGGGCUCGAAGCGCUCUGUCGUGCGCACCGUCGCGCCGGCUCCAUUCUUGCUCCGAUGCAGACUCGCUUGUGUCGUUUCUGAUACUUGCCUUGAGCAAAUGCUGCUCCGCCUCUAGCUGCGGGGCGGUUCACGCUCGAGUCGUCAAAUCCGUGAGUUACCGCCAUGGGUUCAUCGGCGAUCAGCUCGUGUCGAAGUACGCGGAAGUGGGCUGUGAGGAACAUGCGGAGAAGUUGUUCGACGAAAUCCCUGAGAAAGAUUUAGUGUCGUGGAAUUCUUUGAUUUCGGGGUUUUCGCGUAAAGGGCGCCUGGCUAAGUGCUUGUAUGCAUUCCGUAGGAUGAGAAAUGAGACUUUUAUGAACCCCAAUGAGGUUACUCUCGUAUCGGUCAUCUCAUCUUGUGCUGAUGUGAAAGCUCUGGAUGAAGGUAGGUCCAUUCAUGGGCUCUCGGAAAGAUUGGGCAUGUUGAUGGAGGUGAAGGUUGUUAAUUGUUUGAUUAACAUGUAUGGAAAAUGCGGGAAAUUGGGUGCCGCUUGUCAUUUGUUUGACAUAAUGCCUGUGAGGAGCUUGGUUUCAUGGAAUUCGAUGAUUGCUGUAUAUGCUGAAAAUGUGUCACCAAUGGAAGGGAUCAGUUGUUUUAAAUUAAUGAGAAGGAAUGGAAUUCAGCCUGAUGAUGCCACUCUGGUGGCAUUGCUUCAAGCAUGUGAAAGUGUAGGUUCUAUUAGACUAGGAGAAUCUGUUCAUUGUGUAAUAUGUCGCCAUGGGUUCUAUGGACGGAUGUCGAUUGUGACUGCUCUUUUGGAUUUGUAUGCCAAGACUGGGAGGUUGGAUGCCUCAUGCCAACUUUUUCUUGAGAUAAGAAACCCAGAUAGUAUUGCUUGGACUGCAAUGCUUGCCAGCUAUGCUGCUCAUGGGUACGGGUCAGAAGCAGUCACUCUCUUUGAACUCAUGGUUAAGAAAGGUAUGAAGCCUGAUCAUGUCACAUUUACUCAUCUAUUAAAUGCUUGUAGCCAUUCAGGGCUAGUAGAAGAAGGGAAAUGGUACUUCCGAACUAUGUUUGAAUUUUAUGGGGUGGAGCCUACAUUAGACCACUAUUCAUGCAUGGUUGAUCUCCUCGGUCGUUCUGGGUCCUUAAAAGAUGCGUAUGAGCUUAUCAAAAGCAUGCCAAUGGAACCUAAUUCUGGGGUCUGGGGUGCUCUUCUCGGUGCAUGCAGAAUUUACAGAAAUGCUGAACUUGGAAAGGAAGCUGCAGAGCACUUGAUUAAACUGGAUUCUUCAGAUGCAAGAAAUUAUAUUGUGCUCUCAAAUAUAUACUCAGCAGUCAGUCUAUGGAAAGAUGCUUCAGAAAUGAGAGCAUUGAUGAAGGAAAAUUGUCUUACCAGAUUGCCUGGAUGUAGUUAUAUUGAACACGGAAAUAAGAUCCAUCAAUUUGUCGUGGGUGACCGGUCUCAUCCAUUGUCACAUAGGAUAUACACCAAAUUGACAGAACUGAUUGGGAAGAUUCGCAAGGCUGGACUUGCUCCUAAAACAGAAUUUGUCUUGCAUGAUGUUGAUGAGGAAUUGAAAGAGGAUAUGAUCAAUGAGCACUGCGAGAAGUUAGCAAUCUCAUUUGGGAUUUUGGUGACUAACCCAGGUAGAACAUUAAUAGUAAGGAAAAAUCUAAGAAUAUGUGGCGACUGUCACAGCUUUGCCAAGAUCAUAUCAUUGAUUGAAAAGCGCACCAUUAUAAUUCGAGAUCCAAAGCGGUUUCACCAUUUUACUGGUGGAAUAUGUUCAUGUGCUGACUAUUGGUGACUCAGUUUCAAAUUCACCAUUUUCCUAAAGGAGGUUAGAAUCUGUACAACAGAUGUAUAGCUCAAUGCAAAGCUUUGUGGUUAAUUGGCAAUUUCUAACUGAGACAGGUCGCUGUUGUGUAUUUUUCAGUGUUGGAAACAGAACAAACUUCUUGUCCGCUCCUCAAAAGGAUUGGUAGAAACAAGAGGUACUUGAAUAAAAUAGGAAUCUGUUUUGCUUAGUAUUACAGAGACGUGGCGUAGAUUUGAUGCAGCUCCUUUUGUUUGCCUUCGUCUCUGGGAGCAGCGGCAAGACGGUAUUUGAAGCAAUUAUCUUCUUAUUUGUGAUGCACCCAUACGACGUUGGCAACCUCUGCAAAGUGGAUGGAGUGCCAGUAUGCAUCAGAGGGACAGAAAGAUCUGUACUCACCAGCUAAAUUUUGUGACCACCUUUCCUGUGCUCACUUUUGUUCUGGUUCUCAGAAGGUUGUUGAAGAGAUGAAUAUACUGACCGCUGUGUUUUGGAAGCUCGACAACCUGAAGAUUGGACACCCCAACAGCAUCUUAGCCACAAUGCUAUAAGCAAUUACAAUUGUAGCACGGAGAUGGUGGAGAAUUAAUUUUUGCCUGCACAUCUCCACUCCCAUGGAAAAGAUCCACAAGCUGAAAACGAAGAUUGUACAACAUGUGGAAAGCCAGAGUGACCACUGGCACCCGGGUCUGCUGGUCCUAAUAAGGGACCUAGAGGACAUGAACAAGAUAACCAUGACGCUGUGGCUCGUGCACAGGAUCAAGCACCACAAAAAUUCAGAGAGGUGGAUCUGGAGAGCCGUCCUGAUUGAAAACUUGAUUGAGACAUCAGACAGGACGAUCAAGAGAAACUAAUUUAUGGAGGCAAGGCAUGAUUCCUGCCGCGUUCGAAAACAAUUAAAUGAAGGCGUGAUCUGUUGAAUCAAGACCGAUCAGACAUUGACAUAAUAACUGUAACCUGACUGUGGAUAAUACUAACUGUCCAACGGGCAUCCGUUGACUUUAAUCCAACAGUUUGUCCUUCAGCUAUAGAAAGAACCUGAAGUUACAUAUUUUCCUCCAAAUGAAUGUCGUAAAUUGCGGGAGCCCAUGAUGUAUAUGAGUUGACUUUUUGCCGUUUGUUGUUUUUUGUUCUGGAUGUUUGAACCUCAGUGAUGGAACAUGAUAACGAAAUGCUCUCCUUCA